AUGGAUUGCUUUGCUGACGAUCGUGAAGCUCUCAACGAUUUUACAAAAUAUUACAACAAUUCGCACCUAAGUGAUGUUGCACUUUUAGUUGGUGACGAAAUCUAUCCAGCACAUCGAAUAAUACUAACAAAAAGUAGCGAAGUGUUCGAUCAAAUGUUGAGCAAGAAAUGGAACGGUGAUAAGAAGGAAUUAGAACUUGUCGAAGAUCCAUACUGUCAACGAGUUUUUGCUGCAUUUCUACGCUUCCUCUAUUGCAAUCACAUACUUUUACAUGCUAAAAAUGCAUUACCAGUGCUUAUUCUCGCCGAUAAAUACAAUGUUAAUAGCUUGAAAAAGGUUUGUAUUGAUUAUGCUGUGAGUAAUAUAUUGCCAGAAUUGUCAACCAGAGAAUUAUUCCACGUGUGGUUUUCGUAUGCCACAAAAGCAUUUCAUCAACCACUGAUAAAUGCAUGUAUCAAAGUGUUAGCAUGGCAUUUCGAAGAGAUAAUAAUAAGCGAAGAAUGGGAAAAAGAAUGGUUAUCGGUGGAUCGCGAUCAGCUUAUCGAAUUACUUAAAUCCAAUGAUCUUGUCUUGUCAAAUGAAUUUCGUUUGUGGGAAGCUGUACAGAAAUGGUUGACCGCAUCAUCUCAUCCUGAGAGACGUGGUAGCACCGCUUCACCACUUCUCGCUUCCAUUAUUCCAUUCAUAAAAUUUCCGUUCAUGACAGCGGAUGAGCUAACGUUAAUUGAACGAUCGCAACUGGUUGAUUUACAUCCAAAAUUAUUCCAUCCACAGAUUUUGCUCGCCUAUAAAUUUCAUGCUCUUCCAUUAGCAAGUCGAGCGAGUUGCAAGGAAUUUACCGGAUGGCAAUUUAUUCUGCGAAAUUAUACGGAUGUAAGAUGGGAUAGACGUAUUACAGUUCGAGCUGAUGAUUUACGACACGACCGAAACAUUGAUCAAGCUUACAACAUAACCACUCGCUCAUCCACUUUUCCAUUGCAAGCAUGGAAUUGGAAAUUGAAAUUAGCUAGUCAACUUGUACCAAAUUCCUACGAUGAAUUAAGAAUGUUUCUGGUCUCAGAUGAUAUCGAUCAGUCACGCUCUAUCGAAUAUCUCAUACAGAUUGUCGAUGAACGAAAAGUUAUUCGAUCAUUCUCAUCAAAAAAGAAUUUCACUAAAACAAGAUACAGUGCUGAUAUUGAAAUUGAAAAAAAGAUGGAUCUUGGUGAACUUUAUACCGAUAAUUCUCCAUUACUUGUAAAUAGCGAACUUCAUUUGCAGAUAACCUUAAGACCUAUUGAUUAA